GUGCAUAUAAUCAAUAUCCUAAUACUUCUAGUUCCAAUCCUAAUUGCAAUAGCUUUCCUUACAUUAGUAGAACGAAAAAUCCUAGGCUACAUACAACUACGAAAAGGCCCAAACAUCGUCGGACCAUAUGGCAUCUUACAACCAUUCGCUGAUGCAAUAAAACUAUUUAUUAAAGAACCUUUACGCCCCCUAGCUACAUCCACAACUCUAUUUAUUUUAGCACCAACCUUAUCACUCACUCUAGCGUUCAGCCUAUGAGUUCCUAUUCCAAUACCACACCCAUUAAUUAAUAUAAAUAUAGGAGUAUUAUUCAUUUUAGCUACAUCAAGCCUUUCUGUAUAUUCAAUCUUAUGAUCAGGAUGAGCCUCAAAUUCAAAAUACUCAAUAUUUGGAGCCCUACGAGCUGUAGCACAAACUAUUUCAUAUGAAGUAACUAUAGCAAUUAUUUUACUAUCAGUCCUACUUAUAAGUGGCUCUUUCUCACUACAGACCCUUAUUACCACACAAGAACACAUAUGAUUACUACUUGCCUCCUGACCACUAGCCAUAAUAUGAUUUAUCUCUACCUUAGCAGAAACAAAUCGAGCUCCUUUCGACCUCACUGAAGGAGAAUCUGAACUAGUAUCUGGAUUUAACGUAGAGUAUGCUGCAGGCCCAUUCGCACUAUUCUUCAUAGCUGAAUAUACUAACAUUAUUCUAAUAAAUGCCCUAUCAACUAUUGUAUUCUUAGGCCCAUACAAUAAUCCAACACAUCCAGAAAUAUUUACUACUAAUUUUAUACUUAAGACACUAAUAUUAACCUCCCUAUUCCUAUGAAUUCGAGCAUCCUACCCACGAUUCCGAUAUGAUCAACUCAUACACUUACUAUGAAAAAACUUCCUCCCAUUAACUUUAGCCCUAUGUACAUGAUAUAUUUCUAUACCUGUAUUCAUAGCAAGCAUUCCACCAUAUACCU